AUGCCGCGGCUCCUCUGCGUGUGUCUGCUGUGGCUGGGGCUCCUGUUAGUCCGGUUCUCCCGGGAGCUGAGCGAAAUCAGCAGAGCUAGGAGGCUGUGCGGCAGGCACCUCCUGAAGGAAAUCGUAAAACUCUGCGGCAAUGUCAACUGGAGCUACUUCGAGGAGGAACCCCCCCCGCCACCCCUGUUUCCCCAGGACAACGAGAUUGAAACCUUCAUCCCCGACCGGUCAGAAAGCUCCCAAACCACUUUCCCGGCUUGGGCGAGAGGCACGAACCCAGUCUCUACUUCUACCUCUGAGGAAGAAGUGAUGAACAGUUUGGAGUUGUCGUCGCUGCCUGAGUAUAGACCUAGAAGGGCCAACUUGCCACGUGAUAAGACAAGAGAAUUUUCCUCAUUACAAGAUAACAAUCAGUAUAUUCAUGAAAUUUCAGAAUUUCAGAAGAUAAACACAAACAAAAUUAAAGCCUUAAGCAAUGUAUUUUGGGGGAAUCAUCCUCAAAGAAAACGCAGAGGAUUUUCAGAAAAGUGUUGUCUUAAAGGAUGUACAAUAGAAGAACUCAGUAUUGCAUGCUUUCCAUACACUAAAUACAAAAACGUACAUAAACAAGUACCAUGAUUUGUGAUGGAGAUAUACUAACCAUCCUGGGAAUUAUACUAACUUAAUAAAAGCUUAAUAUAUUUAUUUUACUUUAUUAUGGUCAUUGUCCUUGUAGGUUCUUUGCUGUGAACACCAUCUAAAAGUAUUUGCAGGUAUUUAGCAAUACUUUAUGGUAGUAAUAGGAACUUAGUAUUUUCUUUGGGAACCCCAAUUUUUCCUAUAUAUUUAUAUUUGAAGAAAAUGUUACUGGAGGUGGCAUGAUCCAUGUAGACAUCUAAGAAUGACCUGCUGAUGCUUGUCUUCGUGCUUGAAACUUUCUCAGGCUGCAUUUAAGUGGAUUAUGGUAUGUUCUGCCUUCCAUGGGACUGAUGCCCCAUGACAAUGAGGUUCACCCCAGUGAGGCUCACUCCAGUAUGCCAGUCUGUCCCACCAUCUUCAAAAUAAUUAACCAGCUCCCGCUCCUACUAGGUGCUUUUACACUAUAAUCAUAAGUUUUCUUUUAAUUCCUUGCAUUUUAUAGUAACUGGUCAGUAAUCUUCUCACAGUCUCUACUGAGGACUUAGAGUUCAGUGAAUGUCUUUCCGUGCUACUCUGCUGUGAAGGGACUGCUAUAGCGGGACACUCGGUUUGGGCUCGGUCAGAAGACAGUGCAGGUGUGAGCAGCGCCUGGGAACCGCACAGUUCGCAAGUCCCAGCCCAGCCCUCCUGAAUCAGAAACUGCCCGUGUGGGCCUUAGCAAUCUGUGUUGUUACAGGCCCUCCAGCUCAUCCUGACGUUGGGUUAAGGUCGAGAACCACUGGUAUAGUCCUGUGGAAUACUGUUGAAAUCCUAUUUCUGUGCUUGCAUAUUUCGACUCGAUGUGAUGUUAUAACACUAAGUUCAUGGUGUAUUUUUCCACUUUAUGUCCACAUGUGAAAUAUUUUUAAUGGUGCAAAUUAGGAAAAAAAAAAACUUAUUCCAAAGAAUUCAGAGUGGAAUCCUUACUUUCCACCAUUAAUUAAGAGGUAAGCAUCAUUUUAAAUCUUUCUCUACUUUCUUUCUCAAAUAUGUACUGUAAUGUUCUUCACAGGUUUUUGUUUCUAUUUGGUGCUGUUAUUUCUUAGGACAAAGGUUCUUUUUCACAUGUAUCUAUAUCGUAUACACUUAAACAAGGCAUUAAUAAGUAUGUCUGAACUUUUUUACCAGUUCCUGGGGAGUCUA